UUUGACGUUGUUAAGUGUUAACCAAACGGCUUAGCCCAGAAGAAGACGACGAACUGAGGCGCUGGUUUGCUCGCAUCGCAGCCUUUCGCGCUUUGGGAUUUGCACAAUUGCACUUUCCCCUGAUUUCCUUUUCUGGGUUCAGUUUUAAAGAUAAAGAAUCCAAUCGCUAUUCUAAAAGCCAUAUACAAAGUUUCAGUUGCAACUUGCCAAAAAGGGGAAGUUAAGGAAGUCUGUUUGCUAUUUUACAAUGAAAGUGACCUUUUGCUUAUGAGAAGAUCUCAAUCACUUUCUACACAUUACAACAAUUUGAGACUUUUUGGCAUUAUGCAUGUCUGGUCCUGUGGUGAUUGCUGAUAGUGUUGGAAGAGCGCUUUCGCUGUCAGAUAGGACACAAUCUGUUGAUGCUGUAUUGCUUAAUGACAAUCACAUCAACAGCUUAACAAAUGGGGAAGUUUCUCGUUCGUCUGAAUCCAGUGGCUUUAGAGUUGGAGAGCUCUUGCUACGAAAUGGGGAAUGUUAUUCUGGGUCCCUGCUGGGCAAUAUACCUGAGGGCUCAGGCCAGUAUAUAUGGGCUGAUGGUUGUAGGUAUGAGGGUGAGUGGAGACAUGGGAUGAGGCAUGGUUAUGGGACACUUAGAUGGCCUUCUGGUGCGGUUUAUGAGGGUGAAUUUUCAGGUGGUUAUAUGCAUGGUACUGGGACAUAUACUACGUCUAAUAAAAUGACCUACAAAGGCCGUUGGAAGCUGAACCGUAAACAUGGUUUAGGAUCCCAAAUAUAUCCCAAUGGUGAUGUAUUUGAAGGAUCCUGGAUUCAGGGUACUGCAGAAGGACCUGGUAAAUACGCUUGGGCUAAUGGGAAUGUGUAUUUUGGAAAUAUGAAAGGAGGGAGAAUGUCUGGGAAAGGAACUCUCACUUGGCUCAAUGGAGACACGUAUGAAGGAAGUUGGUUAAAUGGUAUGAUGCAUGGUUUUGGUAUAUACACAUGGUGCGAUGGUGGCUGUUAUAUUGGAACUUGGACCCGUGGUCUAAAGGACGGAAAAGGGGCGUUUUAUCCAAGAGGCAGCAGGCUUCCUGCUGGGCAGGAAUUGUACCUUAAUGCACUGCGAAAAAGAGGGUUGCUACCGGAUUUAAGAAAACAAAAACAGGUUUCACAUAUGCAUCAUGCCGUUUCAGUUGAUAUGGGAAAUGUUAAAGUGAUUGGAGACCAAGGAGCUCGCAAGGAUUCACCUGAUAAGCUCUCAAAAGGAAACCUUUUAAACCUAGAGCAGUCUCGGACCACGAAUGUUGCUUUAGAAAGACGGUGGAGUCUUGAAGUAGCCAUUGAGAAAGUUAUCGGACGUGAUUUUGAGUCUGAAAUUACUGAUGAUGAUUUCAACACUCCAAUUUUGGAAAGAGAGUACAUGCAAGGUGUCCUAAUCAGUGAAGUUGUUCUAAGUGAUCGUUUCUCACCUCCAUCUAGGAGAGCAAAAAGGCGUCAAAGAAAACUUGCCAGGGAGAUGGAGAGACCAGGUGAAGCAAUUAUCAAAGGUCACCGGAGUUAUGAUUUAAUGCUGAGUUUGCAGCUUGGGAUCAGAUAUACUGUGGGAAAAAUCACCCCCAUACAAAGGCGAGAAGUACGGGCUUCAGAUUUUGGUCCUCGUGCAAGUUUUUGGAUGUACUUUCCUAAAGUGGGGUCACAGCUGACACCUCCACACCAGUCGGAGGAUUUCAAGUGGAAAGAUUAUUGUCCAAUGGUAUUCAGGAACCUGAGGGAGAUGUUUAAGAUAGAUGCUGCCGACUACAUGAUGUCCAUUUGUGGAAACGAUGCACUUAGAGAACUUUCUUCGCCUGGAAAAAGUGGUAGUGUUUUCUUUCUGUCCCAAGAUGAUCGCUUCAUGAUUAAGACAUUGCGAAAAUCAGAAGUUAAGGUGUUGCUCCGCAUGCUUCCAAACUAUCAUCUACAUGUGCGAACUUACGAGAACACACUGAUUACCAAAUUUUUCGGUCUACACAGGAUAAAGCCUUCAAGUGGACAAAAGUUCCGCUUUGUAGUAAUGGGAAAUAUGUUCUGCACAGAACUGAGAAUCCAUCGACGAUUUGAUUUAAAAGGUUCUUCACUAGGGCGUUCAGCAGAUAAGGUUGAAAUUGAUGAAAAUACGAUACUUAAAGAUCUAGAUUUGAACUACUGUUUUUAUCUGGAGCCUACAUGGCAAGAGGCCCUGCUAAAGCAAAUUGAAAUUGAUAGCAAAUUUUUGGAAGCACAGCACAUUAUGGAUUACAGCCUCCUGUUAGGCGUUCACUACCGAGCUCCUCAACACCUACGAUCUCUCGCAUCACACAGUAGACGAAUAACAGCAGAUGGAUUAGAAAUUGUUGCAGAAGAUGAAUCUUUGGAGGACGAAAUAUCUCCCCAAGGGCUUGUAUUGGUUCCACGCGAUGCAGAUGAUGGUAGCGUUGUUGUGGGAUCACAUAUCAGAGGCAGCCGAUUACGAGCAUCAUCUGCUUCAGGCGAUGAGGAAGUUGAUCUUCUCCUCCCAGGAACAGCGAGACUGCAGAUCCAGCUAGGAGUAAAUAUGCCAGCAAGAGCAGAGUAUAUCCCCGGGAAAGAAGAGAAACAGAUGUUUCACGAAGUGUACGAUGUUGUACUCUACCUGGGCAUCAUUGACAUCUUACAAGAAUACAACAUAACUAAGAAGAUAGAACACGCGUACAAAUCUAUUCAAUUCGAUUCCGUGUCCAUCUCUGCCGUGGACCCCACGUUCUACUCUGAACGGUUCUUGGAGUUCAUCCGAAAGAGAAUGGGGUCGCCGGCCACCGGACAGAGCAGCAGCAGCAACUAUGAUCUGUCGUUUAAGAUAUUGUUGAUCGGAGAUUCGGGUGUCGGGAAGAGUAGCCUGCUCGUCAGCUUCAUUUCUAAUGCCGCCGACGAUCCUGCCCCCACCAUUGGUGUUGAUUUCAAGAUCAAGAUUCUCACAAUUGGUGGAAAGAAACUCAAACUUACAAUAUGGGACACAGCUGGACAGGAGAGGUUCAGGACAUUGACAACCUCGUACUACAGAGGUGCUCAGGGGAUUAUUCUUGUUUAUGAUGUGACAAGGAGAGAGACCUUCCUUAAUCUGUCUGAUAUUUGGGCAAAAGAGAUAGAGCUUUACUCCACUAAUCAGGAUUGUGUGAAAAUACUCGUCGGGAACAAAGUUGACAAAGAAUCUGAAAGAGUUGUGAGCAGUGAAGAAGGUGCAUCUCUAGCAAAUGAACUUGGAUGUCUAUUUCUUGAAUGCAGUGCUAAGACUAGAGAGAAUGUGGAAAAUUGCUUUGAAGAACUUGCAUUAAAGAUAAUGGAAGUGCCUAGUCUUUUGGAACAAGGAUCUAACAUAGGGAAGAGGAAUAUCUUAAAGCAGAAAGAGGAACAACAGACACAAACUGGGAGUGGCUGUUGCUCAUAGAACUAUGGGUCUGCUAAUGGCAUCCAACUAAGAUUCCUUAACAAUUUGUGAAUAAAGUAAAUAAUGAUUUGGUUUUCUGUA